AUGCCCUACAUACCAGAACGAUUCCCUCGUUACAAGGACUAUGUUCUCCCGCCAUUUCCUUCCCUGACAUGUGGUCUAUCGGAACAGCUUGACAAAAUCAAAAACUUCGAAUCGCGGGAAUCGGAUAUACUCAUUUGCACGUUCCCAAAAUCAGGAACACACUGGGUUAAUGAAGUUGUCAACAUGCUUAUCAAAGGUAGUGCUGAGUAUGGUAACGUUUCCAAAAAUACAGUAAUGUUGGAAGGAAUUGGUAGCUUUGAAGGCCUUGACAACGCCCCGGAAAAAUCUACCCGGAUCAUCAACUCGCAUCUUCCCUUGGCAGAUCUACCGGAGAAACAUAUUAAAAAUGGAUACAAGAUUGUACACGUCAUUCGAAACCCUAAAGAUGUAACCGUGUCGUUUUAUAACCAUUUGUGUAAUGUGAAGAACGGAGAGACGUUGGAGCUACCUACCGACUACCCCAUCAGCUGGAACCUGUUUGUACAACACUACUGUCGGGGAGAAGAACUCUACGGAGGUUGGUUCAAGUAUGAAAAGACCUUCGAAAAGGCCAAGGAGAACGGCGAGUUAUCUGAUGUAUUUACCCUGCAUUAUGAACAACUGAAACGGGAACCCUUGCCCAUCCUGAAAUCCCUGGCGGCGUUCCUUUGCGUGGAGGCAUCAGAUGAACUACUGGAGGAUAUCAAUGACAAAUGUUCGUUUGAUAAGAUGUCAACAGUUGGUGAAGCAAACCGAGAUAAUGCUGCUGUUAAAAAAAUGUCGGUCACAGGAAAAAACUUCAUAUAUCGCAAAGGACAAAUAGGAGACUGGAAAAACUGGUUUACGGUGGCACAGAAUGAAGCUUUUGACUUGCUUAUUGAGACAGAAAUGAAAGACUCGAAAUUAAAAUUUACCUAUCAGUGA